UUCAUCUCUCUGAAUGCCGGACGGUCACCCAAGUGCCGGAGUCUUUGCUGUUCACAUCCUGUGUCCUAUUUUCCAAAAUGUGGCAACAGAUUAAUUCCGAGAUCCAGUGUCGAUUGUCAUUCUCACAAGUUGCCUUCUUGGAAAUAUCUUGGAAAGGACCCGCAGCUCGAGACGAUAAAAGGAUUCAGACUGAAUGUCGGAAAAUUCAGAGCCUCGUCCUUUCUCUACUACGCCCAGUGGAUAGGAUCACUUCGCAACUUUUUGGAGCAAGAUGUCUACCAAACCUGCCUUUAACAAUGAUGCAGAGAAAGGGACACUGGAUGUCCGCUCUCCUCAAGUCACCGACCUCGCCAAGAGCGAGAAGGCAGCGGACAUUGAAGUGUUCGCCGUCCAGUCCCUCAAGAAGGACGCCCCGGUCACUCCCUCAAAUGUGGCAAAGCCCCCGCCAGCCCCUGCAAAACCUGCGAAGAAGAGAGCGCCAUUGUGGGUUUUAUGGGUAAUCUGGUACAAUUCAUAUCGACGGUUCUUUACGGUCAUUUUUAUCGUCAAUUUCAUUGGCCUCGGCUUUGCGAUCGCUGGAAAAUGGGAAUACGCCGCAAGGUACCCUGGUGCAUUGGUCGUUGGAAACUUGAACGUCGCGGUUCUUGUCCGCAACGAGAUAUUCGGCCGUUUCCUGUACUGGUUCGUCAACACGUUCUUUGCCAAGUGGACUCCUCUAUGGUUCCGCCUUGCGUGUACCUCUACGUUGCAGCAUCUUGGUGGUAUUCACUCCGGAUGUGCAAUCUCCGGUGUAGCUUGGAUCGUCCUCAUGGUCGUGCAUCAGUUCAAGACCAAGUACCUUUUCAAUGAUUCAAUCCUGGCUUUCGGAGUAAUCACCACAGUCGCUUUGUUCAUUACGAUCUGCGCUGGUCUUCCGUGGGUCCGCAACUCGCACCACAAUGUAUUCGAGCGGAACCACCGUUUCUUUGGAUGGACUUCCUUGGGCAUGACCUGGAUAUACACUAUUGUGACCAAUGCCUAUGACACCGCGGACGGAAAGUUCGAUCACGUCGGUUUAUACGUUGUCCAACAGCAGGCCUUCUGGUACACGAUCGGAAUGUCCGUCUUCAUCGUCCUGCCUUGGAUUUGCACGAGACAUGCCAAGGUCGACAUCGAGCUGCCCUCUCCGAAAGUCGCUGUGCUCCGCUUCGAGCGUGGUAUGCAACAGGGUCUCCUUGCUCGUAUCAGUCGCUCUGCUGUCAAGGAAUACCACGCUUUCGGUAUCAUCUCUGAGGGGACUCAUGCCAAGUAUCACUACUUGAUUUGCGGUGUGCAAGGCGAUUUCACCAAGAGCCUUGUCAACGACCCGCCGAGGAGGAUCUGGACUCGUGAGCUGAAGUUCGCUGGUGUCUCCAACACGUCAACCCUUUACAAGCGUGGUAUCCGUAUCUGCACCGGAACUGGUCUUGGUGCCGCUCUUUCUACUUGCAUCCAGUCCCCCUACUGGUACUUGAUUUGGAUUGGCUCCGAUCAAGAGAAGACAUUCGGCCCGACCAUCAGUGGCCUCAUCCACAGGCAUGUUGGUCCAGAGCGCCUGCUCCUUUGGGACUCUAAGGUCCGCGGUGGUCGUCCACCCACCAUGAAGAUCUUGAAGGAGGUGUACGACUACUGGCAGGCCGAAGUGGUGUUUAUCACCUCAAACUACAUCGGUAACUCCGAGAUCCAACAAGGAUGCAAGGAAGCCGGCAUUCCUGCAUUCGGUACUCUUUGGGAUUUCUAAUCUUUCCAACCAGUUCUCUCACGUGGGCAUGGGACGCAUCAAGCAUCAGGCCGCCCACAUCUUGUUUCUCAUCCUUCUGUAUCCACUGCACUGCUCAUUCUACACCUCCGGGAAAUCUCUCAAUUAUGUAUUUUCGGGAACCAAGUUAGCCGGCGUAUCAAGGUUCCAUUUUUUUUCCAACUGUGACCGCGAGUGGUACUUGCCGGCGCAGACGGCUUGGUCGAACAGCAGCAGCACCAAUAGAGUUCGCCCGCGACAUGGACGCUUCUCGUAUUUAUAAUUGGAUGUGUUUUUAUAACUCUACCAUCUUUAC